AUGGCAAUGUACAUCUAUGUUAAGAGUGGUGUGUGGAGAUUGUUUGACAAUCAUGAGUGGAGAUUUAUUAUUGAUGAAGAAAAUCGUGGAAGAUUACUAACUUUGGAAUCGAGUACAACAAAUGAAGAAUUGAAGAUUAUGGUUUCAGAAGCCUAUGGAAUAGAGCCUAGUAUGGUUGAUAUGGAGCUAAUUUUUUUACUCACAGAUCUCACUGCUGAUUGUCCUCCUGUCGUUAUAAUGAAUAAUAGUCAGGUCACAAAUUUUCUUUCAUACUAUAAAAAGAAGAAAACAGUAAAUUUGUGUGUGACAUUCAAAGGUGGUGUUGAGGAUGUUGGGAGCAAAUUCAAACUGGAUUUGAAUAAAGAACCAGGGGUUUCAAGUGAUGAAGAUGACGAUGGUAGACCGAAUGAAAACCUAGCUUUAUUUGUGGGUACUAAUGAUGCCAAACGGAAUGAUGUUUUAGGGAAAAAAACAUCUGACGAGAACGCCGGUUAUGGUGUUGGAACGUCGUUCAAAGGUGUGAGCGUAAGGAAGGGUCAAUAUUUCAAAAACAAAGAAGUGUUACAAGCAACAAUGGAAUUGUAUGCGAUGAGGUACAACUGUGACUUCAGGGUUACAAAAUCUGAUACAAAAUUCUGGUGUAUACGCUGCAUAGAGGAUAUUUGCAAAAGGAGUCUUCGUGCUGAGUGUUUAAAUGGGUCUACGUAUUUCAAGAUCAACAAGUUUGUGGGUCUCCAUACUUGUGCUCCUUCAAAGAAGAAGAAAUUUUGUAGGACACCAUCAACUAAAACAAUUGGACAUCUCAUUAUGCAGAAUUAUGAGGGUGUAUUGAAAGGGCCUAAACCGAAUGAUAUCAAUAAUAUUAUUCGUACAGAAUAUGGUUGUGAUUUAACUUACUCUCAGGCAUGGGAGUCUCGCGAGUAUGCAGUGAAUGAAGUUAGAGGAAUUCCUGAGAAGAGUUAUGGUAAAAUACCAAAAUAUUUGUACAUGAUACAAGAAGCGAAUCCGGGUACGUUUACAAAUUAUGAAGUUGAUUGCAACAGUAGAUUCAAAUAUCUAUUUAUUUCUUUUGGUCAGUCAAUAAGAGGAUUUUAUAAGGGAAUGAGGAAAGUUAUUGUGGUUGAUGGAAUAUUUCUGAAGAACAAAUACAAAGGAGUUUUGCUAGUUGCUACAGUUGUAGAUGGUAACUAUAAUUUGUAUCCAAUAGCAUUUGGAAUUGCUGAUUCUAAGAAUGAUUCUUCAUGGGAGUGGUUUUUUGAGCAACUUAAGGUUGUUAUUGGAGAUGAUAAAAAUUUAUCCUUCAUAUCAUAUAGGCAUUUGUCAAUUAGCAAAUCACUUAAAAAAAUCUAUCCAUUGUCUAGUCAUGGUAUUUGCAUCCACCACUUGAUUGGUAAUGUAAUUACAUAUCACAAGGGAAGGAGUGUGGCUGAUUUGGUUUCAAGAGCAUCUAAAGCUUAUAGAGUUGCUGAGUUUGAAAAACAUUUUGGAGAAAUUUGCAACAUCAGUCCUGCGAUUGGAGAGUACCUAGAAGAUGCUCAGGUUAAAAAAUGGGCUCGAUGCCAUUUCCCUGGUUACAGAUAUGACUUGAACACAAACAAUGCUGCAGAAUCGAUCAAUUCAGCUUUGAGAUCACCUAGAGAGUAUCCAGUCAUCUCUUUAUUAGAUAGCAUCAGAGAGAUGUUAACACGCUGGUUUUUUGAGCGAAGAGAAUUAAGUGUAAAGCAGAAAGAUCCUUUAACUGUCAAGGUGGAGAAUAAGAUUUCAAGAAGAAUAGUGAAAGGUAAAUUCUUUAAAAGUUAUCAUAUUGGAAGAAACAUAUUACACGUUAAAGCGAAUGGGCUGGACUUUGUUGUUGACUUGGAAAGAAGGACAUGUUCAUGUGGGAAGUUCCAAAUGGGUAAAAUCCCUUGCAGACACGCCAUCAAAGGAGCUUUUGAUAUAGGCAAUGAUCUAUAUGAAUAUGCUGAUGAUAUGUAUAGCACUACCAGUUGGAGAGAGUACUAUGAGGAGACUGUUAAUCCAAUAGGUAUUCCAGAGAACGAAUGGGGUCUUCCUGACCAUGUUGAGGCUGCAAAAGUUUUACCACCUGAAACAAGAAGACACCCUGGUAGACGAAGAAAACGAAGGCAUGAAAAGUUGAAGACAAGAUAA